CGCACAUGCGGAUGUUCUCCUGAAAUGGCGGCGUGAGCAGGUUCUGGUGUUCUGAUCAGAUGCAUCGAUCCUGCUGGAACCAUCGGGAAGGAUCAAAGCUGGACCUCAGCUGGACCCGUGACCUUUGACCCCGUGACCUUUGACCCGAACCAGAACCAGGUAAAGGUUCGUACCUGGAACAGCUGAUAAAGGGCCGUAGCGGACGACCCGGAACCACUGGAGGAUUUUCCUGCUGCUCCGUCUGGUACCAGGAUGGCGAAGAGGAUCGCUGACAAGGAGCUGACGGACCGGAACUGGGACCAGGAGGAGGAGGGAGAGGAGGCCGGAACCUUCCUGAUAGCCAGUGAGGAUGUGAUGAAGGGUCGGGCCAUCAAGAAAGCCAAACGCAGGACGGGCGGUGCCGAGAGCGAUGGCGGCGUGGCCUUCAAAGGCUUCAAGGGCUUUGCCCUGAGCGCAUCGCCGGCCUCCUCCGCCUCCCCCACCCUAGCGGCGCCGGCCCCCAAGACCUCAACCCCCCCGACCUCCUCCACCCCGUUCCCCGGGUUCGGGGCCAGCGGAGGCUUCAAGGGCUUCAGCGGUCUGACCAAUGGGAGCUCAGCACAGGCCUUCGGAGGAUUCUCCUCCCCAGCAGCCUCCACCACCGGUCUGACCUUCAACGGUCCGUCCUCCACCAAGCCGGCCGCUGACGUCAGCACCAACGGCUCCGCCCCCAGCUCUGGCUCCGCCCCCGGCUCUGGCUCCGCCCCCGGCUCUGGCUCCGCCCCCAGCCGGGAGUACCGGCGGCAGCUAACGGCUCUGAACUGCUCAGUGCGGGACUGGAUCAGCAAACACGUGGACGACUCCCCGCUGUGCGACCUCAACCCGAUCUUCAGGGACUACGAGAAGCACCUGGCUAGCAUCGAGCGCCGCUACGGUUCUGGUUCUGGCGCCGGCUCGGCGGAGGAGAAGACGCCGGCCGCCGCCCCCCCGUCCUCCGACCCCCCCGUAGCCCCGCCCCCCUCCGGGGCCCCGCCCCCCGCCGGCGUCACCUUCAACUUCGGCCAGAAAGUGGACUCGUCGGUUCUGAACUCGCUGGGGUCCAAACCCCCGAGCUUCUCCUUCUCCUCCGGACAGAACUCCGUGUUCGGACCCGGAACCACCGGGUCUCCCUUCGGGGGGGCCAAGCCCGGGGACGCCCCGCCUGCAGAGGAGAAAGCCGAGGAGGACGAGGAGCCGCCCAAACCGGAGGUCAAGGAGGUGAAGGAGGACGACGCCUUCUACUCCAAGAAGUGUAAACUGUUCUACAAGAAGGAGACAGAGUUCAAGGAGAAAGGAGUGGGGACUCUGCACCUGAAGAACACGACCGAUGACAGAACCCAGAUGAUCAUCCGGGCCGACACCAACCUGGGGAACAUCCUGCUGAACGUGAUGGUUCCGGCCUCCAUGCCUUGCUCGCGGGUGGGGAAGAACAACGUGAUGGUGGUUCUGGUUCCAAACCCGCCCGUGGACGACAAGAACCCGGGCAGCGCCGUCCCGCUGCUGAUCCGGGUCAAGACGGGCCAGGACGCCGACGAGCUGCACCGCACGCUGGAGGAGAAGAAGUCCUGAAGAAGCCCCGCCCCUUGAGUCCUGGCCCCGCCCUCCUGGCCCAAGCCCCGCCCCUUCCCCCAAGCCCCGCCCCCUCCUGAGCUUUUACCCCCCCAGACCCAUUCACCCCCCACCCCCAUCAUCAUCAUCCUCUGCUUCCACGCCGUCGUCUUCAUCCCGUCUACGUCUUCGUUGCCGCGGCGACUCGGGGAGAAAGUUCAUCUGAAGCCAAAACGGAUUUGGUUUUACAAAUAACUGCAGUUCCUUUUUAGUUUUUCUGGGAGCCGCUGAGCGGCCGGCGUCUCCGUGGCGACCGUCUCCGUGGCGACCGGCCGGCGUCUCCGGGAACUAUUUAUUGUUUUUUGACUGAAGGAGGGAAUAGAAGAAGAAGAUGGACACUUUUCCUGUCUUUGUCCUGUCAACACGAACUCUGUCCAAGUGUCCUUGUCGGGGACGCGGCGCCGCUACGGCUACGCCGCGUCUGCAUUUACUGGGAAUAAAAACGGAAACAACCA